CGGGGACGCGGGGACUCGGGGCUGCGGGGCUGCGGGGCUGCGGGGCCGGCGCGCGAUGGCUCGGGCCGCCUCCCUGGCGCGGCAGCUCGGGGGCUGCGCGGCGCUGUGGCUGGCGCUGCUCGGCGCGGCCUCGGCGUCCAAGGCGGUGACGGCCCACCUGGCCGCCAAGUGGCCCGACACGCCGCUGCUGCUGGAGGCCAGUGAAUUUAUGGCAGAAGAAAGUAAUGAAAAAUUUUGGCAGUUUCUGGAAACUGUAAAACAAAUAGGAAUUUUUAAGGAAACAGAGUCAGCUUAUUCUUACUACAACUUGAUCCUGAAAAAAGCUGGACAGUUCUUGGACAACUUGCAUAUCAAUCUUUUAAAGUUCGCUUUAUCCAUCAGAGCGUACUCUCCGACUGUUCAGAUGUUCCAGCAGAUUGCAGCUGAUGAGUCUCCACCAGAUGGUUGUAAUGCAUUUGUGGUUAUCCACAAGAAAUACACCUGUAAGGUUCACGAGAUUAAAAAGCUGCUGAGGAAGGCUUCUUCAAGACCCAGACCUUACCUGUUUGAAAGAGAUCAUGAAUUUGCUCCAAAGAAAGAGGACUUACCAGUGGUUAUUCUCUAUGCAGAAAUAGGCACCAGAGCAUUUGGUACAUUCCAUGAAGUAUUGGUUGCCAAAGCUCUAAAUAAGGAAAUUGUGUACGUUCUUCGGCAUUAUAUUAAGAACCCAAGCUCCCAGAAAAUGUACUUGUCUGGCUAUGGCGUGGAGCUGGCGAUUAAGAGCACAGAAUACAAAGCGUUGGAUGACACUCAAGUCAAACCUGUGACUAACUCUACAGAAGACGAGUUACAGACAAACGAGGUCCAAGGGUUUCUCUUCGGGACAUUAAAAGAAAAAUAUUCCGAUCAUAUCGAUAAUCUGACAGCUUUCCAAAGAUACCUGAUUGAGAGUAGUAAAGAAAUGGCACCUUUGAAAGUCUGGGAACUACAAGAUCUUAGCUUCCAAGCAGCUUCUCAGAUCAUGUCCACUCCAGUGUAUGAUGCCCUAAAGCUAAUGAAGGACAUUUCACAGAACUUCCCCAUAAAAGCCAGAUCUCUGACCAGAAUUGCUGUAAAUCAAAAAAUGAAGGCUGAAAUACAGGAAAAUCAGAAGGAUCUUCUCAGUAGAUAUGAAAUUCAGCCCGGCGAAGCUUGUCUGGUUUUGAAUGGAAUUCGUCUUGACAUGGAUUCUUUUGAUCCUUUCAGUGUUUUGGAUAUGUUGAAAGUGGAAGGAAAAAUGAUGAACAGCCUUCACAGUCUUGGGAUCAAUGCAGAAGAUAUGAGUAAAUUUUUUAAAUUAAACUCACCUGUUUGGGACGAUAACUACGCAUUAGAUAUUAGGCAUUCUUCUAUCAUGUGGAUCAACGACUUAGAAAAUGAUGAAAUGUAUGUUUCCUGGCCUACAAGUUGCCAGGAACUUCUGAAGCCAGUAUUCCCUGGAACGAUACCUCCCGUGCGGCGUAAUUUUCAUAAUUUGGUUCUGUUUAUUGAUCCCACUGAAGAGUAUGCCUUGGAUUUCAUAAAACUUGCUGAACUUUUCUAUCAUCAUAAAAUCCCUCUCAGGAUCGGGUUUGUGUUCGUUGUUAAUUCAGAAGAUGAAGUGGAUGGAGCAGCCGAUGCCGGUGUUGCGUUUUGGCGAGUUUUCAACUACAUUGCCAAAGAGUAUGAUGUAUCGAAAGCGUUUCACCUCAUGCCUCUUAUGUAUGAAAAAGUGAAAAAUCAGAAUUUACUCACGGUCGAAAACAUGAAGGAGGUUCUUCAAGAUGAGUUUCCUCAAGCUGAUGUCGGAGAGAUUUUGGGAGUAGGUUCUGUGUACGAUAAGGGAAGAAAGGGAGGAGCAAGUUAUUACAGGAUGACUGGCCUGGGCCCUUUGCCUCGAGCGCUUUAUAACGGUGAAUUGUUUGAUGAUGAAGAGCUGAGUAUUAAGCAGUUAGAAGUAGCGGUGCUCCAGAGAAUGAUGGACACACUGAUACGUCUACAAAAGGAAGUCUUUAUGGGCACAUUAAACGAUGGGACCGACACGGUUGAAUUCCUCAUGGCAAAGAAUAAUAUUGUACCCCGCAUAAAUCCACUGAUUUUGCAGAGCGAACAGGAGUACCUUAAUUUAAUAUCUACAUCAGUAACCGCCGACAUUGAAGAUCACUCCACUUACUAUUUCUUGGAUUCACAAGAUAAGAGUGCCGUAAUUGCGGAGAACAUGUAUUAUUUGACCCCAAAAGAUGACAGUGGAAUUUCUCCAGUCACUCUCUGGAUUAUCGCUGACUUUGAUGAACCAUCAGGAAGACAACUACUUUCUAAUGCAUUAAGGUAUAUGAAAUUAAGCACUGUUUCUCGACUGGGCGUUAUUUAUAAUCCUGCAUCAAAGAUAAAUGAAGAGAACACAGCUAUUUCUAGAGGAGUUUUGGCAGCUUUUCUUACACAGAAGAACCAAUUUCUGAGUGACUUUCUCAGCAAACUGGCAGAGGAAGAAACUGCUACAGCUAUUUACUCUGGAGAUAAAAUUCGAACAUUCCUUACGGAGGGGAUGGAUGUGGAUGCUUUUGAGAAAAAAUAUAAUACUAUUGGAGUAAAUAUUUUCCGAACUCACCAGCUGUUCUGUCGAGAUGUCCUGGAACUGAAUCCUGGGGAAAUGGCUGUCAUCAGCAACGGGAGAUUUCUAGGACCUUUAGAUGAAGCUUUCUGUGUGGAAGAUUUUCUCCUGUUGGAAAGGAUGACAUUUACCGAUUUGGUAAAGAAAAUUAAAGGCAUUGUUGAAACUAUGAGUCUCAGCCCUAAGAACAUGAGUGACUUUAUUAUGAAAGCUGCUGCCCUUAUUUCCUCUUUACCCAGACAUGCAUCUCGGUCUGACAUCAGGUUUCUGAAAGAGAAUCACAGCAUUAUAAAGAUAAAUCCACUAGAGAAUGAUAUGUUCUUUGAUGUCAUCGCUAUUGUUGAUCCUUUAACAAGAGAGGCGCAGAAGAUGGCUCAGUUAUUGAUUGUGCUUGGCAAGAUUGUCAACAUGAGGCUGAGACUGUUCCUGAACUGCAAGGGCAGACUCUCCGAGUCCCCCUUAAAGAGCUUUUACCGUUUUGUGCUGGAACCGGAACUGACGUUCGGCACGAAGAGCUCCCUCGGGCCAGUGGCGGAAUUCGUGGACAUCCCCGAGUCGCCCCUCCUGACCCUCAACAUGAUCACCCCCCAGGGCUGGUUGGUCGAGACGGUGCACAGCAACUGUGACCUGGACAACAUUCACCUCGAAGACAUGGAGAGCAGUGUCCGCGCGGAGUACGAGCUGGAGUUUCUGCUCUUGGAGGGACACUGCUUCGACGCGGACACCGAGCAGCCGCCGAGAGGCCUGCAGUUCGUCCUGGGCUCCCAGUGGAACCCCGCUGUGGUGGACACCAUAGUGAUGGCCAACCUCGGAUAUUUUCAGUUGAAAGCAAACCCCGGUGCAUGGAUAUUGAAACUGCGUGAAGGGAAGUCAGAAGAGAUUUAUCGAAUAGUCGGGCACAAAGGAACCGACUCUUCUCCGGACCAUGGGGACGUGGUGGUGGUGCUGGACAGCUUCAAAAGCAAAAUACUGCAAGUGCAGGUGGAAAAAAGGCCAGGCAAAAUGCAGGAAGAUAUUCUCGCUGAGAAAGAUGAAGAAAGGAAAGGAAUGUGGGAUUCCAUUAAAAGUUUCACAACAGGGCUGCACAAGAAAGAGGAGAAACCAGGAACCGAUGUUCUAAACAUUUUUUCUGUUGCUUCUGGACAUUUAUAUGAACGGUUUUUAAGAAUUAUGAUGCUUUCUGUUUUACGCCACACGAAAACACCUGUGAAAUUUUGGUUUCUAAAAAAUUAUCUGUCACCAACGUUUAAGGAGGUCAUCCCGCACAUGGCCGGGGAGUACGGGUUCCAGUACGAGCUGGUCCAGUACCGGUGGCCCGGCUGGCUUCACCAGCAGACAGAGAAGCAGAGGGUCAUCUGGGGCUACAAGAUCCUCUUCCUUGACGUCCUGUUCCCGCUCGCGGUGGACAAGAUCAUUUUUGUUGAUGCUGACCAGAUUGUGAGACACGACCUCAAAGAACUUCGCGACCUGGACCUGGGUGGCGCCCCGUAUGGGUAUACCCCGUUCUGUGACAGCCGCACGGAGAUGGACGGAUAUCGCUUCUGGAAAACGGGCUACUGGGCGUCACACCUCCUCCAGAGGAAGUACCACAUCAGUGCCUUAUAUGUCGUGGACCUCAAGAAAUUCCGGAGAAUCGCAGCAGGCGACAGACUCCGGGGCCAGUACCAAACCCUCAGUCAGGAUCCAAACAGCCUUUCCAACCUGGACCAGGACCUGCCCAACAACAUGAUCUACCAGGUGGCCAUCAAGUCCCUCCCGCAGGACUGGCUGUGGUGUGAGACCUGGUGUGACGACGCGUCCAAACAGAGCGCCAAGACCAUUGACCUGUGCAAUAAUCCCAAAACAAAAGAACCCAAACUAAAAGCUGCUGCCAGGAUUGUCCCCGAAUGGGUGGAGUACGACACUGAGAUCCGCCAACUGCUAGAUCAACUUGAAAACAAGAAGAAAAGUGCAAUUCUGACACAUGAUGAACUCUAGCGCUCACUGUGUAUGAACAAGAUGAAGUGAGACGAGAAGCCUGCCCCCUGCUGGAGAUGUGUGGAACUACUGCAAAGACUUUGGGAAGUCCGUUCAAGAUCAGUGCCUUUAAUUGUUUGAAUAUUAUUUAAAACGACGUGAGCUUAAGGUAUUGAGUACAUUGAAGUCAUCUGAGAAUGCGCCACUUCGUACUUAGAACUAGACCGUCCCUUUUUCCGUACUGCGCCCAGCACUGCGUUUUCACCAGCCAGGUGGAAUUUCAUCAGCAGCCAGAGGAGCGACCUGCGUCCUGGCGCCACUUCUUGUCAUCCUGAGAAGCGGCAUGUUUUCCUCCCUCCCUCUGAGAAUGGAAAAGGACUUGCAGUUCUCUCAGAAUGGCAAGAAGCCACCUGCCCCCCUCCGCUGCUGUGUGAGAAUGGAGGUGCGCUCUGUGAUCAUUCACCUUACACUCCACGCGCUCCUUGUGAAUGUUUCCAGUGUUUCUACUUUUUAUUUCAUAAAAUGUUAUAGAGA